AUGCUUCUGACAAAAAUUGUGAAGUUUUUUAUAUUAGUUGCAACAUGUGAAGCUAUGACGAUGAAACAGAUCAAGAAUACCGGUAAGAUGAUGAGAAAAACGUGCCAACCUAAGAAUAAUGUCGAAGAUGAGAAAAUCGACCCGCUUUCCGACGGUGUCUUCAUUGACGAGAAAGAAGUAAAGUGCUACAUGGCUUGCAUUAUGAAAAUGGCCAACACGAUAAAAAAUGGCAAAUUAAAUUAUGAUGCAGCUAUGAAACAGGCCGAUUUAUUGUUUCCUGAUGAUAUAAAGGAACCUGCUAAGGAAGCCAUUACUGCUUGCAAAAAAGUUGCGGAUGCCCAUAAAGAUAUUUGCGAUGCGUCAUUUCACGUCACUAAGUGCAUCUACAAUCACAAUCCUAGUAUAUUUUACUUUCCUUGA